GAGGAAAGCGCAAAGACGGCCCCUCGAGCGCGUGGCAAGGUUCUGCCGUCAUAGCGCACCCUCAGGUCUUGACAAACCAUGAGUGGUGAAACGACGGAGCGCCCGGCAUGAGCGGGCACGCAAGAAGACACUCACCGGGUCAUGAUCCAUGCCUUGAUCCAUGCAUCCAUCGCACAAACCGUAAGUGGGUCGGGAGAAACAGCACGCCAGACGCUAUGGCAUCUUCCUGUGUUUGCAUGUGUGUGGACCUGCAGGAAGCCGUAGCAGCGUAGCUGAGCUGAUCUCUGGUGUGUGUUGAGCGAUGGAUGGCCCGCCAGCCAAAGCCCCGCGCACAGCCGCUCCGGCCCAGAGUGACGACUCAUCCAACCGCACCUCGUCGACAGGAGACCUCACGAGCCUUCUGGAUGGGCUCAUCUGGCUCAAUGUGUCAUCGUAUCAGUCCGUCAAGGAGCGCCUGGCGAUGAGCUGUGUCUGCCGGGCCUUCUACUGGGCCAUCUACUCGCUGAUCCGCGUCAUCAACUGGCACCGCCCCAACCACGGCCUCAGCUGCAAGGGACCUGGCGGCAGCCUGGUGACGUUCGAGCAGCAGCAGCACGCCAUCGUCCUGCUGCCCAGAGAGGAGGAGGUCGAGGAGAUCGGCCGGGCGCGGCUCUUCGCCUUUGUGUCGCUGCAGCUGGUCUGCCACACCGACACGCUCAAGGCCAUCCAGACGAUACAGGCCAAGCAGCAGCGAGACAAAGAUGGCGAUGCAGGUGACGGCGGCGAUGCCGAUGAAGAGGCGAGCGGCCUGCCGGUGGCGCAGGUCAAGGGGCCCGAUGCGGUGUUUGACUCGGUCAGGUCGGUUGAGGUGGACAGCCUCGACGGACUCCAUCUCUUCCAGCAGCAGAAGCUCGUCUGCCCGGCACUCGACCGGCUCACCGGCAAGGUCCUCUCUGAGGACGAGACAAACCACAUCACGAGAAACUGGCCCCCGUCCGCUGUGGCCAAACGAGCAUCCCUGCGCAGUGCGUUUGAUGGCAGUCUGGCGUUCAUCCUCGGCUCGUCCCCUUCCCUCAGCCACCUGGACAUCUUCCCACUGCUGUGCUGCAGCACGACCCUCACGCAGCCCCUCACGGCCGCUGCCCUCUCAUCGCUCAAGAACCUGCGCCACGUCGGCCACCUCAAGCUGUGGGGCACCACGGCACGUGAGAGAACCAAGAUGGUGACAUUGCUGCAGCAGCUCGCGCCAGGCAGCAGCGGCGGUAUCGCGGCGGGCUCGUCCAGCAGCGCAAGUGCGGCCCCCUUCCCCUCUCCCUCCCCCUCCCCGUUGGGAGCCGCCACGAAGCGCCAGCUCAAGGUCCACUGCCCCCUUCGCAUCGUCCCUGACUUGACCGAUCCGACUGUCUGGCCCUAUGACUCAGUGGAGACGAUUCAGGCGGCAGAGGAGAUGGGAUGGGAGGUGACGAAAGAGGGAGGCGUGACACGCAUCUAUUACUACGGGGAGAGGGUGGAGGGCCCGCCGACCGCCGAGACCCUCGCGCUCGUGGAUACCAUCAAACGGCAUGCGGGAGGGGGCGACAGCGUGUCAUUGGCCGAUUGCGAUUUCCGGUCCGGCGAUCCUAUCAGCCCCCACUUCAGCGGCAUCCUGUUUGACAACGCUAGUACACUGCAUGUGCAGCUCCGCAUUCGCGGCCCUGACGUCGCUGCCGAGUCCUUCAACAGCAUCCCCCAGUGGCUGACCGAGGAGACCACGCUCAAAUCACUCAGGUGAGGCAAACAACACCAUAACGGAGGGGCCAUUUGUCAUCUUUUGGGGUGUGUGUGUGUGUGUCGAUUCAGUAACGUGACGGAGCUCUGGCUGACGAACAUUGGUUACGUGCGUAAUGUGCCAACUUGCGACCCCGAGUACCUGAUCCCCCCCGCCACGCCCAACCGACUCUCGAGGCUCCUCUCAUGCCUCCCCGCACUCACACACGUGCACUUCGACUGUCCGGAGGUGAACGGCAUCCUGGUCACAGAGGUGCUGGCAUACAUUCAGCAAAGCGUCGGAACAAAGCCACUCAAGGUACAAACACACACACAUGGCACGGUCACACCCCUCCCUCAUGAGUGAAUCCUUCUCACUUGGGUCGCAGAAGUUGGAGAUAGUGUACGACGUGCCGCUCUUCGACCGGCCCCGCACCAAAGCGGCCGCCCCUGUCGCCUUCCCCUCACCCCACACCACCCGCCAGUACCCCACAGUGGAAGAGCUCAGCAUCGAGAUCGGUAUGGAUGACGAGGACGUCCAGAGAACCAACAACCCGAGAGCCGAGAGCGUCCCCGAGCGGCUGCGGGACCCCUUCCGCCUCGUCCACGAGGUGCGGCCGACGCACGCCACCUUCAAACUCACCGAGCGGGCAGACAUCUUCGCCGUACCUGGCGACGCUGACCAAGUCGAGAACGAGCUCAGCUUGCUGUUCCGCGAGGGCCGUGUGCGCGACGACAUGGCCGAGUACGGGAUGGAGGUGCGUCGGCCCAACACCUAUACUCGGUAUGAUGGUGAGCAGUCGUCGGCUGACGAGCUGGCAGUCCGGCCGCACGAGCACGAGUUGGCCGUCACGAUGGUGAUGUGGCCGGUGGACGACAGUGACGGUGUAGAGGAGGAGAGGGAGGGAAUCGACGAUGAGGAGGGCUGGACGGACUGAGGAGAGCAGGGGGGAGAUGGUUAGUUGCCGGUGUGAAUAGCUACUUAGUGUACAGACAGACGAGAGAGCAGGCCGACCGAAUGCUCGGCUGCGGCUCUGAGACGAACACUGCUGUGCGGUGGCUCGCCAUCUGCGCGACGCCGUGCCCACUGAUUGAG